GGGCACCCCUCCCACUGUAGCCCUCAGUAUGUACAGUGAUGGCAGUCUCCUCUAGGAGGGUUUUCAAAAUGGGCUAAGAAAAUGGGCAUAGAGGACAUACUUAACACAAACUAGAAUAGACAAGGGAGGGAAGUUUUUAAUUCUCCUUCAGAGAUUUGGGGGUAGAAAAACAUGUCACUAGAAGCAGGAAAGUAGCCUGGGUAAUAUCUGGGCCACCCUUCUGAACUGCGUGAGUUGAUUUUCAGCUAAGGGAGGGAGGACUACAAAAGGUUAAAUUUCUCAUAUAAGAUUAAUUCAGCCAUCUCUGUGAAAUGGUGGAAGCAGAAUACCAUUAGACUCUCUAAUCUCAUUUCUCUCAUGCUGUCUUUCUUGGAGCCUGUCAAACAGGGUCCUGGCAGAGAGUCAGUUCUGUGGUUGCUAAACAUCAGAGUCAGUCUCUUUCUGAAUGUGCCAGGAGGCUGUAAUUUAGAAAAUGUAGCCUACCUUUUAAGGAAGGAUGAAAAGCUCUGUCUCGGAAGACCUAGGCUGUAGACGUGGGGAUUUCAGUAGGAAACAUUAUGGAUCUGUGGAGCUGCUUAUUUCCAGUGAUGCUGAUGGAGCCAUCCAAAGGGCGGGAAGAUUCAGAGUGGAAAAUGGCUCUUCAGAUGAGAGUGCAACUGCUCUGCCAGGUACUUGGCGAAGAACAGACGUGCACUUAGAGAACCCGGAAUACCACACCAGAUGGUAUUUCAAGUAUUUUUUAGGACAAGUCCAUCAGAAUUACAUUGGAAAUGAUGCAGAGAAGAGCCCCUUCUUCUUGUCCGUGACCCUAUCUGACCAAAACAAUCAGCGUGUCCCUCAAUACCGUGCAAUUCUUUGGAGGAAAACAGGUACUCAGAAAAUAUGCCUUCCCUACAGUCCCACAAAAACGCUUUCUGUGAAGUCCAUCUUAAGUGCCAUGAAUCUGGAAAAAUUUGAAAAAGGUCCCAGGGAGAUUUUUCAUCCUGAAAUACAAAAGGACUUGCUGGUUCUUGAAGAACAAGAGGGCUCUGUGAAUUUCAAGUUUGGAGUUCUUUUUGCCAAAGACGGUCAGCUCACUGAUGAUGAGAUGUUCAGCAAUGAAAUUGGAAGUGAAGCUUUUCAAAAAUUUUUAAAUCUCCUGGGUGACACAAUCACCCUAAAGGGCUGGACAGGCUACCGUGGCGGUCUGGACACCAAAAAUGACACCACAGGGAUACAUUCAGUUUAUACUGUAUACCAAGGGCAUGAGAUCAUGUUUCAUGUUUCUACCAUGUUGCCAUAUUCCAAAGAGAACAAGCAGCAGGUGGAAAGGAAGCGCCACAUUGGAAACGAUAUCGUCACCAUCGUGUUCCAGGAAGGAGAGGAAUCUUCUCCUGCCUUUAAGCCUUCCAUGAUCCGCUCCCAUUUUACACAUAUUUUUGCCUUAGUGAGGUACGACCAACAAAAUGACAAUUACAGGCUGAAAAUAUUUUCAGAAGAAAGUGUACCACUCUUUGGCCCACCCUUGCCAUCCCCACCGGUGUUUACAGACCACCAGGAAUUCAGGGACUUUUUGCUAGUGAAAUUAAUUAAUGGUGAAAAAGCCACUUUGGAAACCCCAACAUUUGCCCAGAAACGUCGGCGUACACUAGAUAUGUUGAUUCGAUCUUUAUACCAGGAUUUGAUGCCGGAUUUGCAUAAGAACAUGCUUAAUAGACGAUCUUUUAGUGAUGUCUUGCCGGAGUCGCCCAAGUCAGCACGGAAGAAAGAGGAGGCCCGCCAGGCAGAGUUUGUUAGAAUAGGGCAGGCACUAAAACUGAAAUCCAUUGUGAGAGGUGAUGCUCCAUCAAGCUUGGCAGCUUCAGGGAUCUGUAAAAAAGAGCCUUGGGAGCCCCAGUGUUUCUGCAGUAAUUUCCCUCACGAAGCCGUGUGUGCAGAUCCCUGGGGCCAGGCCUUGCUGGUUUCCACUGAUGCUGGCGUCUUGCUAGUGGAUGAUGACCUUCCGUCAGUGCCCGUGUUUGACAGAACACUGCCAGUGAAGCAGAUGCAUGUGCUGGAGACUCUGGACCUUCUGGUUCUCAGAGCAGACAAAGGAAAAGAUGCCCGCCUCUUUGUCUUCAGGUUGAGUGCUCUGCAAAAGGGCCUGGAGGGGAAACAGGCUGGGAAGAGCAGAUCUGACUGCAGAGAAAACAAGCUGGAGAAAACAAAAGGCUGCCACCUGUAUGCGAUUAACACUCACCACAGCAGAGAGCUGAGGGUUGUGGUCGCAAUUCGGAAUAAACUGCUUCUGAUCACAAGGAAACACAAGCCAAGUGGAGGAACCAGCAUCUCGUUGUUGUCUCCCGUGUCGGAGUCACCUGUUGAAGAAUUCCAGUACAUCAGGGAGAUCUGUCUGUCCGACUCCCCUGCCGUGAUGACCUUAGUGGAUGGGCCAACCGAGGAGAGUGACAACCUCAUCUGUGUGGCUUAUCGACACCAAUUCGACAUGGUGAACGAGAGCACAGGAGAGGCCUUCAGGCUGCACCACGUGGAGGCCAACAGGGUUAAUUUUGUUGCAGCUAUUGAUGUGUACGAAGAUGGAGAAGCUGGUCUGCUACUGUGUUACAACUACAGUUGCAUCUAUAAAAAGGUUUGCCCAUUUAAUGGUGGCUCUUUUUUGGUUCAACCCUCUGCGUCAGAUUUCCAGUUCUGUUGGAACCAGGCUCCUUAUGCGAUUGUCUGUGCUUUCCCCACCUCUUGGCCUUCACUACCGACUCCAUGGAGAUCCGCCUGUGGUGAACGGGAACCUGGGUCCACACCGCAGUGUGCCCAGCUGCAGCUCGUGGCCUCCAGGUCGGAUAUAUACUUCACGGCAGCCGCGGCCGUGCAUGAGAACUCAUCUGGAGGCAGCUCCAAAGGGACCAGUGCCCGUAAUUCUCCUCAGACACCUCCGGGCCGAGAUACUCCAGUAUUUCCUUCUUCCCUGGGGGAAGGUGAAAUUCAGUCCAAAAAUUUGUACAAGAUUCCACUUAGAAAUCUCGUUGGCAGAAGCAUCGAGCGACCCUUGAAGUCGCCGUUAGUCUCCAAGGUCAUCACCCCACCCACAGCCAUUGGAGUGGGCCUCGCUGCCAUUCCUGUCACACAUUCCUUGUCCCUGUCUCGCAUGGAGAUCAAAGAGAUAGCAAGCAGGACACGCAGGGAACUGCUGGGCCUCUUGGAUGAAGGUGGAUCCAGGUCAGAAGGAGCGCCAAAAGCCAAACCAAAAACACGGAAGCGGUUAGAAGAAAGCGAAGGAGGCCCCAAGCCAGGGGCAGUGAGGUCAACCAGUAGUGACAGGAUCCCAUCAGGCUCCUUGGAAAGUCCUUCUACUUCUGAAACCAAUCCCGAGGGGCGUGACCACUCAACCAGCUCUGACCAGGACCCUGCAGCAGACAGAGAGGGCAGCCCAGUCCCGGGCAGCAGUCCCUUUCAGCUCCCAGCAUCCUCAGAUGAAGACAUUAUUGACUUGAAGUAACGGAGUCCGAAUCUCGUUUGCCAUUGUUCAUUUUCUUAUAAAGAUUUAUACUCUUUAAACAGUUCCCACAUCACUUCUCAACAAAAUAUGGCUUUUAGCCUGUCAGUGAUCUAUUGGACCAAACCUUCUGCACCCUUGGCCAGUUUGGGUCACUCUCCAAUGUCCGGUGCCAUGUUUCUUGACCUUUGUUUCUUUCUGUUCAGGAACCAUCAGUCCCCUUGUAAUAAAGGUGGUAGAUUUCAUUGAGGUUUUAGAUUGAAACUUUGAAUAAAUCAAAAAUGUUCAUUCUUAAUUUACUGCAA